GUUAGGGCUUUAUUUCUCAUGAGAACAUGAGGGAAUGCGGAAAAAAACACCAAUUUGUUUAGUGAGAAACGUGACCUUCACGCUCUUCAACUCUGGGGCGAGUCAAGUGGUUGUGAUUGAAACUCAGGCCCUCGAUGGGCGUAUAAAUAUGUGUGUGUGCAAGAGCAGCUGCCACACUUGGUACAGCAAGUGGAACCACUGGCUCGGUGGGUUCACUAGGUUUUCCAGUUUAAUUUUAAACUGCAGGAACACAACUAGGAAGCCUAGGCUCCCAGUGGAACAUGGUGGAGGGAGUUUAGAACCACAGAAUGCCAGCGCCCUCCUCCUCGGCGUUUUGUCACCUGUCAGCAGUGUCUCACUUGUACCUGCGGACAAAAUUCUCCCCCUCUUGAGCCCAUUAAAGCUACUUCUGAAAACUCUGGGCAUUUCUGUUGAGCAUCUUCUGGAAGGGCUGCGGAAAUGUGUGAAUGGGCUUGGACCGGAGGCUGCGAAUUCCGUGAAGAAACUGCUGGAGGCCCUCUCGUAUCUGGUGUGACAGCGGAGCAGAGCAGGAGCAGAGGUGGGAGGGGAUGGCGCUCUCCUUCCUUCUUCAAAUGUAGUGACCCCCAUAGAGAAUGAAUAAAGCAAUGAAGUGAU